GGCGGCUAUAUUCUUCGACUUUGUGAAGGGUAGGAACACAAAAAAAUUCCCUAAUUUAAAGUUAAAUUUUUUUAGUAAUUUUGGAGAUGAAAAUUUGAGGAGCUAUUAUAAUGCUUUAUGGUUAAUGUGUGUUACCUUUCUAACUAUUGGAUAUGGAGAUGUGUAUCCUAUAACUGUUUGUGGAAGACUUAUGGCUAUUUUGACUGGGGUUAUCGGUGUUUGUGUGGCCAGUAUGAUUGUUGCCGUUAUUUCACAAAAAAUUUCGUUAAGUCACGCAGAGGAGCGUGUCCACAAUUUUAUGGCUAGAACUAAACAUGCUAGAAGUGUAAGAAGUUUAAAAAUAAAUUUUUGA